AAGCCGGUCCCUCACUCUUUAACGUCAGUUCCUGUUUGUGGCGAGAGAAGGCGGUAUUUCCGGCUGGAGGGUGGGAGGGGGCGGUAAGCGGGGGCUGGGGGGAGGGGGCGGGGGGGCCGUGCCGCGCGAGCCGUUGAGUCUGGCUCUGUGAAGGCGUCGCCACUGUCUCGGCUACCGCCGUAGUCACCAGGAAACACAAGGAGCUGGAGCCAGCGCAGCGUGGCGAUGGGCGGGGGUAGAGCCCCGCCGGAGAGGCUGGGCGGUCGCCGGUGACAGACUAUACUCUGUCCACAGCACCUCCUGCAUGUCCUGCUGUCUUGAGCUGUCCCAGGCUAGGUGACAGCGUGUCACGCUGCCACCAUGAAUGAGGUGUCUGUUAUCAAAGAAGGCUGGCUCCACAAGCGUGGUGAAUACAUCAAGACCUGGAGGCCCCGGUACUUCCUGCUGAAGAGUGAUGGCUCCUUCAUCGGGUAUAAGGAGAGGCCUGAGGCCCCCGACCAGACCUUACCCCCUUUAAACAACUUCUCUGUAGCAGAAUGCCAGCUGAUGAAGACUGAGAGGCCACGACCCAACACCUUCGUCAUCCGCUGCCUACAGUGGACCACCGUCAUCGAGAGGACCUUCCAUGUCGACUCCCCCGAUGAGAGGGAGGAGUGGAUGCAGGCCAUCCAGAUGGUUGCCAAUAGCCUCAAGCAACGAGGCCCAGGUGAAGACCCCAUGGACUACAAGUGUGGAUCUCCCAGCGACUCUUCCACAUCUGAGGAGAUGGAAGUGGCAGUCAGCAAAGCCCGGGCCAAAGUGACAAUGAAUGACUUCGACUAUCUCAAACUCCUUGGUAAGGGCACCUUUGGCAAAGUCAUCCUAGUGAGGGAGAAGGCUACUGGCCGCUACUAUGCCAUGAAGAUCCUGCGGAAGGAGGUCAUCAUUGCUAAGGAUGAAGUUGCUCACACGGUCACUGAGAGCCGGGUCCUCCAGAAUACCAGACACCCCUUCCUCACUGCACUGAAGUACGCCUUCCAAACUCAUGACCGCCUAUGCUUCGUGAUGGAGUACGCCAAUGGUGGAGAGCUGUUCUUCCACCUGUCCCGGGAGCGAGUCUUCACAGAGGAGCGGGCACGCUUCUAUGGUGCAGAGAUUGUCUCAGCUCUUGAGUACUUGCACUCGCGGGACGUCGUAUACCGUGACAUCAAGCUGGAGAAUCUCAUGCUGGACAAAGAUGGGCACAUCAAGAUCACUGACUUCGGCCUGUGCAAAGAAGGCAUCAGUGACGGGGCCACUAUGAAAACCUUCUGUGGGACCCCAGAGUACCUGGCGCCUGAGGUGCUGGAGGACAAUGACUAUGGCCGGGCAGUGGACUGGUGGGGGCUGGGUGUGGUCAUGUAUGAGAUGAUGUGCGGCCGCCUACCUUUCUACAAUCAGGACCACGAGCGCCUCUUCGAGCUCAUCCUCAUGGAGGAGAUCCGCUUCCCACGCACGCUUGGGCCUGAGGCCAAGUCCCUGUUAGCUGGACUGCUCAAGAAGGACCCCAAGCAGAGGCUCGGUGGGGGGCCCAGCGAUGCCAAGGAGGUCAUGGAGCACAGGUUCUUCCUCAGCAUCAACUGGCAGGAUGUGGUACAAAAGAAGCUCCUGCCACCAUUCAAACCUCAGGUCACAUCUGAGGUGGACACAAGGUACUUUGAUGAUGAGUUCACCGCGCAGUCCAUCACAAUCACACCCCCAGAUCGCUAUGACAGCCUGGGCUCGCUGGAGCUGGACCAGCGGACGCACUUCCCCCAGUUCUCCUACUCAGCCAGCAUCCGUGAGUGAGCAGCCUGCCGCCGCCACAGGACACGUGCACGGCUGCCACCCACCACCCGGGUGGCUUUUUAAAACAGACUUUAUAUUUUGCCUUUUUGGUUUGUGCUCCCAUCCCUCACCUGCUCAUCCCCGUUUCCAGUUCCUUCUCAGUCCUUGCCCAAACUCAGUGGUCCCAGCAGCUGAUGCCUCUAGUCUCUCCUUUGUGCUUGGACUCGUGCUGGGGGACUGUCCACCUCCUGCCCCAGACGGGCUGUUGAGAGGAUGGAGAUUCAGGUUUUUCAACACCGGCCCCUGUGAGCGGGGAGCAUGGAGCACAGACAGUUCCUGCCUAGGUUUCUGGCCAGGGCACUGUACAGGCAGCUGCCUGCACUGCUGCUUCUGGAUCGAGGCCACUUCUGGCAGUCUGGCUGCCCAGUGAACAGCUCCCGAGCUGCCUUCCUUGUCCUUUGCCUGGCUCAAAGUUGCCUGGCAAGAGGCAGCCCACUGCAUCCCCUAUUGGGGCAGAAAAGCAAUAAUAUCUAGGGACAGGCAAAGGGGCUUCAGAGGCUGUGGCAUCGGGGUUGAGGCUUCCUCGCCAACAGAGCCAGGUCCUUGGAUCUGCGUUGGGGGAAUCAGGAGGGUCCACUUUUUCUGGCUCUACCUCCUUCUAUAUCCUCAAACUGCUCCUCUGCCCCAUGGGUGAGGCAGGAAGAGCAUUCAGGAGCCAGCCUGCCCACCCUCCAGCCCCGUGCCUUACCAGGGCUUCCUUCAGGCUGCCCUUACCUCCCACUGGAUCCUAGGCCUGCCUGGCUCCUGUACAGGGUGGGGGCCGGCAUCGUGCCCUUCUCUGCCUGGGGCAGAAGGUGCCAGCCUCGGCUGUUACACAUCUCACACCGAGACAGUAUUGGGCCCCUGGACUUGGGUUGGGGUGAGUGUAUCUCUGGUACGCAUUGGUGUCAGGACCUCUGAGAACGGAGGCUCCCAGGCCACCUCGCUCCUUCCCCAUCUCCAGGACCCUGCAUUCUGCAGCCUUAAGGUGAACAUGAGCAAGAGCCCACGCCGGUGCUGUGGGUGCACAUGUGUGCCUUGGACUGUGUCAGUGGGCAUCCCGUGCUGCUGGGAUGCAGAUGCGUGUGUGUGUGUGUGUACAUGUGUGCGUGUGUGUGCGUGUGCACAUGCACACGAGUGUCCGGGUUCUCGAGUGUGCAUGGUGUGUGUGGGCUUGGGCCCCACCCCUGGCCUGAGCGUUUCAUCCCAUGAGGAGAGUGGGUACCGGAUCUACCUGCUGUCUCCGCUCCUCUCCCCUCUCCCCCAACAUCUCUGGGUGUUUGGAAUUUAGUUUUUAUGGUUUUGAACUCCCCACCCCACUUCCCAUCUAGGCAGUUAAUGGAAAGGCAUGGGGGAGGAGGGUGGGGUGGGGAUGGUUUGGGUGGGGGGUCUUUUUUCCUUUUUGUGUGUGUAUAUUGUUUAUCUGACAAUUCUCCCCCAUCCCCACUUGCCUUUCCUCCUUCCUCAUAUUUGUACGGUACAAGCAAUAAAGACACUUGUUUCAGACCAGGGCACAGACUGCAUUUUGCAGCCAUUGCCAGCCUUGCCUUGGUUGUGGAGUCGGCCCCUGGGCUCCACACACCUGUUUUGUUGCUCAUCCUGAGGCCCCAUGGAGCCAGAGACUAAGCAGGGAUGCUAUAGCCAAGGCUAGAGAGGGAGGGUUGCUGGGACUGGGUGCCUGGGGUCUAGGGUUGGGGUGUGGUAGGCAGAGGGGCCAGGGAGGACUGGAUGGCUAUGAGCAAGGACGGUGCAAGUGGUACCUCAGAGCUGUGUGCGCAAGUUCAUGGUUCACUUCAGCACUAGAGCCGGCAUUGCUGCCACAGCCCUUUCUCUGAUUAUGCUGAAUUAGGAAGCCCUAAAGACACUCAAAUCCUAGUCUGAUGUCUUGGUGACAAUUGUGGUUGCAGGCAGCACCUGGGCCUUUGGUUACAGUCACCCAUGGUUCUGGAAACUUCUCUUUCACCCCAGUGCCUCUUUAUCCAUGUCCCCAUGCUAGGUCACCAGGCUACAGGGGCUGGGCCAGGAUGCCUCUCCCCUCCCAGGCCCAGGGACCAAGCUGCACAGAGGGCCUGACACAGAUGAGUUCAUUACAGAUUUUGCCAGAGAAGAGGGCAGCACCCAAAUAGAGGCUUCCAGAACUUCACUGUGGGGGGUGGGAAAGUCAGGCCCUGGUGCAGAGACCUGCGCUAGCUGCCUUAAAAGACUCCUGGGAUGGGGGUGGGAGGGGUUCUACCUUCAUAUGAACCUGUUGGCUUUAAUUACAGAAGUAUGCCCCUAUGGUCAUAAGGUAGAGACCUAUAAGGAAAAGCCUUGGGCUGGUGGAGUGGCUCAAGCAGUACGAAUGCCUGCAUGAGGCCCUGAGUUCAAACCCCAAUGCUGCCAAAAAAAAAAAAAA